GCCUAAACUCUAAAAUUAAGACCCAGAAUUUUGUAUUGAGAAGAAAAAGAGAUGCCUCAAGUGAAGAUCAUUGCCAAGAAUUUCAUGGACAUGGUGGCAUCUCUGCCUGCAAUCAAGCUUGACAAGCUUUACAACAAUGUUUUCAUCUGUGAAGCCAUUCUCAGGUCUCUGCAACCUCUAGCCAAGAAAUAUGUAUUACAGACCUUGUACAUUGACGUCCCGGUGCCAGCCACGAUGUUAGAAGAAUGGGUGCUUGCAGAUGGAGUCUCUAAGCACAGAGUUGCAAUUGAUAGAUUGAUUCAAUUAAGGAUUUUUACGGAAACUGUUGAUAGGUAUGAAGAAGGAAACCACUAUAGAUUGAAUCCGAUAUUUCAAGCUAAUCUCCAGAAGCAUAUGUAUAUGGGUAAUGGAGUUUUGCCAAGAGAACCUAUGCCUUCAAAUGUUACUGCAAGGCUCCCUAGCUUGCAGGAACUCGAAGCUUAUGCCCUUGAACAAUGGGAGUGCUUCCUGCUGCAACUUAUAAGCUCAACCCAGGCUGAAAAGCUGACAAGUUUCAGCUCUUCCAUGAUGAAAGUUUUCCAGCGUGGUCUUUUGACUCAGAGGGAUAAAGAAGCCCCAAGGUUAACUGAAAGUGGUUUCCAAUUUUUGCUGAUGGAUACAAGUGCACAACUUUGGUACAUCAUUAGAGAAUAUAUAUCUAAUUCUGAGGAGCGAGGUGUAGAUCCAGCAGAUUUGAUUUCAUUUCUGCUAGAGCUUAGUUUUCAUGUCACAGGCGAGGCAUAUAAUAUAAAUACCUUGACUGACAUUCAGAGGAGCACAAUUAAGGACUUUGCAGACCUAGGAUUGGUCAAACUUCAGCAGGGCAGGAAAGAAAGUUGGUUUGUACCUACUAAAUUAGCCACCAAUUUGUCAGCAAGCUUAACUGACUCAUCCACUCGGAAAGAGGUAUCUUAUUAUUUAUAUCUUAACAUUGAAGCAUCAUUCUUGAAUCUCAUAUUCUUGACUUAAUUAAUUUUUUGAUACAUAUACAGGGUCGAGUAUCAACUUCCUAACCUUAUAGUUGGAGCAAUAACCAAAGAAAGCUUGUAUAAUGCCUUUGAAAAUGGCAUUACAGCAGAACAGAUAAUCAGUUUUCUUCAGCAAAAUUCUCAUCCUCGCAUUGCAGAGAGAGUACCAUCUGUUCCUGAGAAUGUUACAGAUCAGAUAAGAUUGUGGGAAUCUGAUCUGAAUAGGGUUGAGAUGGCCCCUGCUCACUUCUAUGAUGAAUUUCCUUCCAGGGAGGUUUUUGAGGCAGCCUGUGACUUUGCGCGAGAAUGGAGUGGCUUACUCUGGGAGGACUCGAAGAAGAUGCGUAUGCUAGUGAAGGCAGAGGUUCACUUGCAUAUGCGAGAGUUUCUUCGAGGUCAAAACAAGUAGCAGCAGAGUCGAAUGCUUAUUGGGUCAAUGUGAACAUGGAAAGCUGCUACGGGGGUUGAUAGUUUCUUCUAUUUAUACUCAUUUGACCCAGUUCAUCUUCUAAGCAUUACUUCUUUUAAGAGUAAUCUCUGCAAAUUCUUUAAGUUUUUUAUUUCUUGUAUAUCAAUUUUGAGCAACUCUCCAUUUUUAUUC